AUGAACUAUGCCAUCGCGCUUGCUUCCUCUCUCUGUCCCCGCUCUUCGUCCCUUCAAAGCCUCGGCAAGGACAGCCGGGCCAGCACCGCAUCCUCACAGGGGACGAGCCCCUCCUCAUUCGAGAGCUGUUCACUGAGUAGUCGCGAGACCCCUGCAUCUUCCUUCUCGGACCCGUCCUCUGCUCCGUCUGUCAUACGGCGGAACGAGCACCUCGCGGUCCUCCUCCGUAGGCACCUGUGGAAGCCUGACUACCAAGCGUCUCGCUGUAGCAUCUUCCUCUGCCGCAAGCAGUUCUCCAUCUUCGAGCGCAAACAUCAUUGCAGAAAGUGCGGCGAUAUCGUCUGCGGCAGCUGUUCCACCCGGCGCACACUGCUCCUGGACACUUCAAACCUUGACUUCAUCAACCCCCCACGGGACAUCUCCAUCUCCGUCUAUGCUUCUCCUGCUUCUCCGGUAGUGCAAGAACGUGUCUGCGAUCACUGCUGGGAUCAAAUUCAUGGUGUUGUGACACCACGCCUACCCGCCUCCCGGAGCACCCCGCCACAGGUCCUCUAUGAUUCACCCAACGCCCACUCCCUGGUGCCCGCCGUCUCCUCAUCUAGUGCCAUUCACACUCCUCACGAAGUCCUCUCUCCGAUUGUACGUCCUACCCUGGACAAGCCCGUGGAGAAUUUCGGCGAGCUGGAGGCAUACCCCCUCCGGCACGCUAGCCGGAUAUGCAAGGCUACGGGCGGCGGGCGCUGGACCCCGAAGCAGUAUAUUAACCUGAUCGGAGACCACCUGCCCGGCCAGAAGCCGCAGUACCUGAUCGAGCUGGAGCGUGAGGAGGCAGAGCGGAGACGGCAGAGGGCAAACCCAGUUUACGAGGAUGGAGACUUCAAGCUCCGGGUUCCUCACGAGCCUGGACCCGGGUCGCCAGGCGGUCCUGUCAUCUUCUCUACUUUCUGA